UGAUGGAAAUGGAGCCCAGUAUGAGAGAGAGCAGACGCGGCCAUGGUCUCCGGAAGUGCUUCUGCCUCGGGAGCCCGAGGGUCACGGCAGAGGAGGCCGUCGAGGAACUUACCCGUGGAAUGGUCAUCUCCACGGAGGAAGGCGACGGAGUAGUGCGGUUGAAGAUUGUGAUGAGCAAGCAAGAGCUGAAGGUAAUGGUAGCGUCGCUGAGCGGGGAGCGCAGCGAUGCAGGUGGCGGUCGCGGUCGAACGUUGCUGCCGCCGCCGCCGAGCCUGGAGCAGUUGCUGCAUGCGCUGCGCAGGCGGCACAUGAAGAGAGCAGAGAGCGGGAAGCGUCGGAACGGCGGGUGGAUGCCUGCACUCCAAAGCAUACCGGAGGAGAAUUGAAGUUCGUGCUUUUUUUGGUGGGCUAUGUAUACAUUAAUUUGUAUAGAGUACCGAUCUUUUGGAAGGUUCGGAGAGGUCUAACUUUAUGAUCUGUAUGUAGAAAGAUUGGUCUGAUGUAGUCCUCCAUGGAAAUGUUUGGAUUUGCACAAGUUGGUGAUGUAGUCCUCCUGACUUUGAUUCUCAUAUCUACUGCGUCCCUUUUGUGCCUC